CGGGCCAUUGCAGCGCACGGCGGCUGCCGGGCCUGGAACCAGUGGCGGGUCUGAGCGCGUCUGCGGGGUGAGUGUCGCGCUUCCAAAGGCCAGCAUAGAAACGUGAUCAAAGCCGAGAAGAUCUGGUCAGGAGGCUCUGAGAGGCCCAGCCCAGAGCAAUGCUGCUGAAGACAGUGCUCCUGCUGGUCCUGGGGGCCCAGGUGCAAAUGCUGGAGAAUGGGCUCUUGAGGGUGCCCCCCAUGGGCUGGCUUUCCUGGGAGCGCUUCCGCUGCAACACAGACUGCAAAAACGACCCCAAGAACUGCAUCAGUGAGCGGCUCUUCAUGGAGAUGGCUGACCGGCUGGCCCAGGAUGGAUGGCGGGAUCUGGGCUACUUAUACCUCAACAUCGAUGACUGCUGGAUUGGAGGGCGAGAUUCCAAGGGCCGCCUCAUACCUGACAAAGAGCGUUUCCCUAAUGGCAUUGCUUUCCUGGCUGACUAUGCUCACUCCCUGGGGCUGAAGCUGGGUAUCUACGAGGACCUUGGGAAUUUUACCUGCAUGGGUUACCCAGGCACCACACUCGACAAGGUGGUCCUGGAUGCUCAGACCUUCGCCGAGUGGAAGGUGGACAUGCUGAAGCUGGACGGCUGCUACUCGACCUCCAGUGAACGGGACCAAGGAUACCCCAUGAUGGCAGCUGCACUGAAUGCCACAGGCCGCCCCAUCGCCUUCUCCUGCAGUUGGCCAGCCUAUGAGGGGGGCCUUCCCCCAAAGGUGAACUACAAACAGGUAGCAGAAAACUGUAACCUCUGGCGCAACUACAACGACAUCCAGGACUCAUGGGCCAGCGUGUUGUCCAUCCUGGACUGGUUUGUGGCCCACCAAGACAUCCUGCAGCCUGUAGCAGGCCCUGGGCACUGGAACGACCCAGACAUGCUGAUCAUUGGGAACUACGGCCUGAGCUUUGAGCAAGCACGCUCCCAGAUGGCCUUGUGGACCAUCCUGGCAGCCCCCCUCUUUAUGUCCACGGACCUGCGCUCCAUAAGCCCCCGGAACAUUGACAUUCUGCAGAAUUCGCUCAUGAUAAAAAUCAACCAGGACCCCUUAGGCAUCCAGGGACGCAGGGUUAUCAAGGACCGAAACCACAUAGAAGUAUACCUGCGGCCCCUGUCCAACCAAGCCUCGGCCAUUGUGUUCUUCAGCCGCCGCACAGACCAGCCCUAUAAGUACAGAAGCAACCUGGCACAGCUCAACCUUACUAGUGCCACCAUGUAUGAGGCCCAGGAUGUCUACACCGGCGACACCAUCAGCAAUCUCAAGCAAACCACCAAUUUCACGGUCACCAUCAACCCUUCCGGGGUGGUCAUGUGGUACCUGUACCCCCUCAGGAAGCGGCAACUAUUCCAGCAUUGAGGAGCUGGGAGUGUGACAAGACAGGCUGCAGAAGCACAACGGGCCCAGACCAGGCCACCACUUUGAGCACUGAGGGUCCAGUUGGUGGGGCGCUGUGCCACCCAGCCACCCAGGUCCAGCUCGGCGACGUGUAACCUCUGACCUUGGAACCAGUUGUUACACACACACACACACCCAAGUGUGGUGGAAAUGCACCGUUUCCCAUGGCCUCUUCCCUGUCUCGGUGACCCCAAAGAUCCUGUGGCACCCCUGGUACAGUCUCCAGAGUCACUCCAGCACAGUGACAGAACCAUGGGGACUCCAGAAGCCAAUUCUCCGGCCAUGAUGAUUAAGAAAUGUCCUCACCACAGGGGAGAUCAAGCCUGGGGGAGUCUGGGAUCUGGGGCUGGCCUUAACCAGGUCACCAAUAAAGACAUACUUGGUC